AUGACUGAAGUAGUUGCAGGAUAUGAAGUAUGUCCAUCAUGGGCAUCCGUAUUCGGAUAUCUUGGUGCCAGCGGUUGCAUGAUUCUCUCCAGCUGGGGAUCUGCUUGGGGAACUUGGCGAGCAGGACUUGGAGUCUGUCACAUGGGUAUUGAUCAUCCCAAAGGUGUCAUCAAGAACAUUGUGCCAAUUGUCAUGGCGGGUGUUCUUGGAAUCUACGGACUUAUUGUUUCCGUGAUCAUUACACAAUCCAUCUCAAGUCCUGGCCAGGAUGGGAGUAAUACGUAUAGUUUAUAUAAUGGAUACACGCAUCUAGCCGCGGGGCUGUGCUGUGGGCUUUCUUGCUUGGCAGCUGGAGGUACAAUUGGAGUUAUUGGAGAUGCCGGAGUUCGAGGAUUCGGAUUGAAAGCAGAAGGAGGGCGAAAGUGGUUUUGGGCAUCCGGAGAGGGUGAAAGUUCUGGAGAUGGAGACUUUGGUGGAGGUAGUGCUACUGAAUCAGCCAACAAGCUGUAUGUUGGUAUGCUGAUCAUGUUGAUUUUCUCAGAAGCCCUGGCUUUGUACGGUCUUAUUGUUGCUCUGAUUUUGAGUCAACACAGCUACAGCUGUGGUGGAUGA